CACGGAGGUGGCGUAUAUAAGCAGUGAUCGACCACCGCAAGACGAUCACUCUCCCUCCACCUCCGCUCCGCCCCUCUCCACAGCCGCUUCACUUUCCGAUUUCCUUUCUCCUCCUCAAAAAAACCGCGCACGGUUUUUUAUUUCUCUCGCUCGGCUCGCUUUCCUAAUCCGCGAGAUCGAGACCCUGAGCGGCGGGCGGGGCUGAGGGCCUAAGGCGAAUGACGGUGGAGGAGGCCGCGGAGAGCUGCGGCAGCCACGCCGCGGCUGCCGGCGGCGGAGGGGCGGUGGCGGCCUCAGGGCCCGCGACGUCCUCCUCGUCGGCGGCGCAGGCGCGGAAGCAGCAGCAGCAGCAUCGCCACAAGCUCGAGGUGUACACCGAGGUGCUCCAACGCCUCCACGACUCCGGCAUGCCCGAGGCGCGGGCGCCGGGGUUCGACGAGGAGCUCUGGAACCACUUCAACCGCCUCCCCGCCCGUUACGCCAUGGAUGUGAACGUGGAGAGGGCGGAGGACGUGCUCACGCAUAAGAGGCUGCUGGAGCAGGCGAGGGAUCCGGCGCAGCGGCCGGCUUUCGCCGUCCGGGCCGUGCAGGUAUCUCCAAUUCUUGAUGGGAAUCAGACUGAUGCUGAUUCGAACACUGCAGGGGAGGAAGUUGCUUCAAGGCUGAUGAACAGGCAACAAAGCAUACACCCUCCUCCCGCCUUCGGUUCUUCUACAAAUCUUGAGGUCCUUGCUCUUGAAGCUAGCAAGUCUCAAGGCCAAGAUCAUGAUAGCACCUCUGAUAAUGGUCGAUCUCUCUACAGGCCCAUGCAUGAAAUCACCUUUUCAACCAUUGACAAGCCAAAGCUUCUCAGUGAGCUGACAUCUCUGCUUGGUGAACUUGGUCUAAACAUUCAAGAAGCACAUGCAUUUUCAACAAAUGAUGGUUACUCACUCGACGUCUUUGUUGUUGUUGGCUGGCAUGAUGAGGAAACAGAGGAUUUAGUAGAAGCAGUACAGAAGGAAAUUGGUAGGAUUGAAGAGACUCAAGCAUGGUCUUCAUCUCAUUCAUGGUCUACUCCAGUGGAAAAUAUGCAGAUUGUUGAGAAUUCAUCAGCUGAUCGUGUUGAAAUACCAACAGAUGGUGCUAGUGAAUGGGAAAUUGAUGUAAAACUACUCAAGUUUGGGAAUAAAGUAGCAUCCGGAUCAUAUGGUGAUCUUUACCGGGGUACAUAUUGCAGUCAAGAUGUCGCUAUUAAAGUUCUGAAACCUGAGCGGAUAAAUGCAGACAUGCAGCGGGAAUUUGCCCAGGAAGUAUAUAUUAUGAGGAAGGCCCGUCACAAGAAUGUUGUGCAAUUUAUUGGUGCCUGCACUAAACCUCCAAAUCUAUGUAUAGUCACAGAAUAUAUGUCUGGUGGGAGUGUUUAUGAUUACCUCCAUAAACACAAAGGUGUCUUCAAGCUUCCUGCUUUAGUUGGAGUUGCAAUAGAUGUGUCAAAAGGCAUGAGCUACUUACACCAGAAUAAUAUUAUUCAUCGAGAUUUGAAAACUGCCAAUCUUCUAAUGGACGAAAAUGGGACUGUUAAAGUUGCUGAUUUUGGUGUUGCACGUGUUAAAGCUCAAUCUGGAGUUAUGACUGCAGAAACUGGUACUUACCGUUGGAUGGCCCCAGAGGUCAUAGAACACAAACCCUAUGACCACAAGGCUGAUGUUUUUAGUUUUGGAAUUUUGAUGUGGGAACUACUCACAGGGAAGAUUCCUUACGAGUACCUGACACCACUACAAGCAGCUGUUGGUGUGGUGCAGAAGGGAUUACGACCUACAAUUCCAAAAAAUAUUCAUGCAAAGCUUGCUGAGCUUCUUCAGAAAUGUUGGCAGCAGGAUCCUGCUCAAAGGAACGGGAGUUUAUGCUGUUAUCAACCCAUGCAACAGGUCGGAGAUGAGCAUGAGGGGAAGCACAAGGAUAAAAUGCUGGGGGGAAUCUUUUCAGCUUUGAGGGGCUGGGGACAUUGAGACAGUGGAAAUAUACAGUAUUUCGAUCUAUUUGGAAGGAUCUGAGCAACAAUCUGCGCCAGUUCCUUACGCCCUGCUCUAGUACACAGAUAUAUAGGCCUGCUGCAAUUGACUGAAGUUGGCAAUUUUUAGCUCCAGUCUUGUGCCCAUCAGCUGUCGUCAUAGUCUAUCUACUUGUUUCUAGUUGUUUCGAGUUUCAUUACAUGAUGUGACAUAGGAGAGAAUGCUUGUGAAUUGUACAUUAUCAGUGAUUUUUCUAACAUGUUGUAAUCUUUCUGUAGUUGAAAUAAUAAGCCAUGUUUAUGCUGUGCUAUGAUUCUUUAA